AUGGCCACUCCCGGCCCCGGUCAGGGACAACCACCAGUGGACGUCGAACGCUUGGAGCCAUGGGCUAGCUGGCAUGGUCUGAAUAGGCGCCUAGGAUCCUCCGCUAAAGCCCUUCCAACAUGCAUUAUCCAAGGUCAGAUGAACAGCCAAUUCUCGAACUGCGAUAUCUAUGCCGGAGAAUCCAAGAUCUCUGGCCGCGCCACGGACUACAAAACCGAGGUUUUCAUGCACGGUGCAUCACUCGCUUCCUUCAUCGAACUUCGCCUGCGGUUCUCGCCUAGCUACUCCAACAAUACCGAUGCAAAGAAAGCCGACGACCGCGAUCGCAUGUCCAUAUUCUAUCCAACAUUCAUGCCGGAUAAGUGGUGUGAUGGCAGGGAAUCUGGAGAUGUGGUCACAACUCUCGCCUCUACAGAAGACAGGGACUUGCGUGGUAUCUUGGGGCUGAAACGGAAUUUCUCAUCUGCCCUUUACGACGUCGAAUUCCUGGAGUUCAAGAAUAGUCCUCUAGCGACGGUGGCUGGCGUACAAGCAUUCCCAGGCACAGGCAAGCAGUUCUACAUGAGUUUCAAGACCGAUCAGCCCAUAGCCAUCAACCACAGCCGAGCCGUUGGGCAUAAACCGGCGCAUGUCCAAGAAGUCGUUGCGGAGUUCCGGAAGGUCAUGACGUUUGUCGGGCAAAUCCAAGUUCAUAUUCAGCCUAACCCAGCACUGGCUUAUGCGUACGGCAUGCAUUUCUUUGCACAACCUUUCCCGCCUCCGCCUUCCUAUUGGCCCUUUCUCAAGGCCGACAACGAAAAAGCUCCAGUCAUCGAUGUCGGGCAUGGCACGACCUUCUACCAAUUCCCCGACUUUGUGGAGAAGGUCUUUGCUAUUCGUGAACAGCCGUUCUUCAGACGAUCAGGGAAUCAGGUGGAGCUUAGGCCUGCAAAGACGCCUCUCGAGCUCUGGGCGGGACUUCCAGCAAUACAUCAAUUCGUCACGAGCAGACAAUACCAAGCCUAUGUACUUGGUGCAUUCACAGACGAAGAGCUCAGCGAGCGUGCGCUAAUGGGAAGCUGCUAUAGCGGCACAUACGACUGCUACGAGAUUCUGCAGGCGGCUUUCCAUCACCACAAGCCGCAGCGGGCAGUUCUCCUCUUUGCAAAACUGUCCCCCUUUGAUAUUGACAACCUAGACGGACUCGCGGGCCAUCGGCCUGAUGGCGUUCUGCCUCAGCCAGGGGAGCGCGUUGCAAUAUCGGACCCGGAUGAUGAUACUGUCGAUUGGAGCGGCUCGGUGAUCUCGAUCCCUGAGGGUCUUGCCAGCGAGGUUUCUUUCGCGAACUGCUGCAUCCGCGCCUUCAUGCCAGUCUCCACCGGGCUUGUGAUCGAACCACGCACGCACAAGUACCAUCUCCGCUUCGGUUUCAGCGGACGUCCGACCCGCGUGAUGCGAAAAACUAUCAACAACCUGAUGACCCUGGAUGUCAGCAGAGGCACGAACAUUGGUGAUUUGCGCCAGAUCGUCUUAGCUCAGGAUCCCUCGCAGUACUCAAGUCCGCAGACCAAGAAGUUGGGAACGACGACAGUCCAGAUUAUCAACGAUGCGUGUAAGAAAUUCAACCUCAACAAGGAGCAAAUCGAAGUGGUCCGGCACGCUUUCACGCGGCGCACGACUAUUGUACACGCCCCUCCAGGGACGGGUAAGACCUAUAUUGCGCAGUGCAUCACCGAGAUCGCCACCAAGAUGAAGAUGCGAUAUCUGGUCGUUGCCCCAUCAAACCAGGCUGUCAAUGUCAUCCACGCACGUAUCACAAACGAUCAGUACCAAGAAGGACGCGUCUUCAGGGUCUACACCGAGACACAGGAGACAUUAUAUGAUGACGAUGACGAUGAAGUAUUUUUCGCGCCCGGACGAGACUUACCCGCUUCGGACAACUCCGGCGACAGUCCUCCGUUCGACGUGCUUCCCAAUCUUUCCCAGCAGGCCACCGCAGCCUUCAGAGACGCACUCCAGCCUGAGACGGCAGAACCUGGUCCAAAUAGCCUCGCAGCCCACAUCCGAAAACGUCUACAGCUCCUCAGUGACGACAGGGCUCGAUUCAAUGAGCAAUUCACGGGCGAACAAGUUGAGCUUGACGCACUUCUGAAUGCGCGGCAAACAACGUCGAUGGCCGCAACUCAAGAUCAGGCAGCUGUUGCAGAUGCUAUUAAACGUCAACGUCAACAAGACCUACAGCUUCGGCGUCAGUAUGCCCGGUAUGCCGACGGCAACUGCGUAACGAACAGCAGCGCCACGAGCAAGGUUCUUAGAGAUGUUUUCCCGAAGAUUCUUAUCCAGGACGAAUCUGCACAAGGCUCGGAACCCGAAGUGUUAGCGGCGUCAAUCUUGUGUAAUCGCUCUCUCGAGCAUCGUAUCAUGGUUGGAGACCACAAUCAGUUGAUGCCGUUUCAGCGCAACAGCAACGCCAUUCUCGGUAACCAGGGAAAGUUGACCUAUCAACAGCGCCUUAUUGAAGCCGGUUUCCCAUAUCACACGCUUAAGGUCCAAUAUCGGAUGCAUCCCGACAUUUCCGAAUGGUCACGCGACACGAACGAACCCCAGUUGCAAAACAGCUCGGAUCCCAGCCUCGGGCGUGGUUUCCAAGGCUGGGAAGAUUGGCUGAAGAAGUUUCUCACCUGGAUCAACGUCAAGCAGUUCUCGAGCCAUUCUGUAAUGAUAUCGCCGACCGACACCCCAGGCUCUCAAGUUCCAUUCGGAUCGAGGACGAUCGGUGCUACUCGAACUCGGUACAACUUCCAGCAUGCGGCAGUCGUGUUUCAGACUGCUCUCCACUUGAUCCUUGUUGGAAAGUGCCCUCCUAAGGACAUUUUGAUUCUUGCCGCCUACGCUGGACAAGUGCGACUACUUACGAAAAUCUGUGGCCAUUUCAAGGAGACCAAAGACGUUCAGAUUGGCACUUGGGACUCGUCUCAAGGCUCUGAGGCGGAGGUUGUCAUCAUCGAUCCAGUCCGCACCCUAAGCACAACAGGACAGACUCUCGGCUUUCUCAACGAUCCGCAUAGACUCAAUGUUGUCAUGACUCGAGCGAGGACAGGACGAAUCGUAGUCGUGAACAAGGACCUAACAAAGAAUCAACACCCUACAAAGGGCGUUCGAGACUGGAACAGCUACUUGACGAAGCACACCCAGAAGGGCUGGUCUCUCGACUAUCCUAUGGAUCUGCUCGAUUACAAGUACCGGAACACGAAUCAGCUGAAGCCAUUCCUUCCUGGGCUCGAGAAGAUGGCGAAUGAGUUCCUUGCGAACAAGUAG